AUGGGAGUACUUGGCUUGACGCGCUGGGCAAACGAUUCGGAGCGCUUGAUUUCCAGUCAGUUGACAUUCCCGGUGCCCGAAGGUUCUAGCGAGUCGCUAGUGGAUGGCGAGCCGGCGGAUCUCGGUCCCAAAGGUGACUGGCUCGUCAUUGACGCCUGGGCCUGGAUCCACUACGCGUGGCACUCUAUGAACGCCAACGUGUACCAGGGCGGUUCUUUUGUUGAGUUCCGUCUGAUCCUGAAUGCAUGGAUCGAUACAUUGGAGGCUGCUGGCUUUAAGAUCAUUGUCGUGAUUGAUGGUCCUCGCCUGCACCAGAAACUCGGCGCGACGCUAAACCGAACGCAGAACUAUGUGCGGAUGAACGUAAAGCUGAUGCGCGCAGGCCCAAAGCUGCGUGCGGACCCAGAGUUUGAGAACGGCCGCAUUUUGCCGCCUGGCCCGUCCGAUUGUCUGUUCAGUGUGCUCGAUGCGCGCAACAUUGAAUGCAAGGUCGGUGCGGAGGAAGUCGAUUCCGAGAUCGCGCAGAUUGCAAACGAGCGUGGUGGAUACGUAAUGAGCCGCGACUCUGACUUUUUGAUUCUCGGUGGAAACACGCCGCAGUGCAAAGGAUACAUCCCCUUUAGCUCGGUCGAGUUCGUUGCACAGGAAAUCGGCGGGCAGCCCGAGGCGCCGCCCGCAGAUGACGACGAUGGAUUUACAACCGUAUCUACCGCAAAAAGCAAGCGCGACAAGAAGCAGCAGGCUGCCGCCAAGCUUGCCAACCUCCCGCACCUUUUGCGCACGCCCGUACUUCCCGGUCAGCGCGCGACACUGAAAGAGACCUCUGUGCGCUUCCGUUGCUUCUCCUCAGCCAAGUGCGCCUCGCAGCUGCAAAUCCCCAUGAGUCUUUUGCCUGUAUUGGCCGCACUAGUCGGCACGGAGAACAGGUCUGGCGAGCAAGUCGAAUUGUAUAACACGGUGUUUCACGGCGUCGCGAAUCGAAUGCCGGUCCUUGCCUCCACACUUGCGGAGCAGUACGCCGCAAUCAAGGCCGAGGAUGCGUCCGGCGCAAAAGACGCGCCGCAGCCUGCUGCCGAGGGUCCCGAUGAGAGCGAGCAUGAAAUCGACACUCGCGAUCCAGUCUUACGCCUGCUGACGCGCUGCUUUGAUGCCGUUGUGCAAUAUGGCCGCAAGCGCCGUGGCGCGCAUAUCCCCGUAUCAUGGGCAAUGCGCCAGAGCGUAGUGAUAAGCAUGCAUGCCGUAGCGCUUGUUUUCAUGCCCGGGAAGAGCGACGAGGCGAUCGACCGUUUCAUGAAAAAAUCCGAUGUACAUGCCCUUGAAAAGUACCAACUUGCAUACUGGGCGCGCCAAUUUGACCAGGUGCUUGUCUCUGUUCUUUUGGAACGUAUCUAUAUUGCCCGCGUCUACCUGGAAGAGCCUGAUGAACCGUCGUCGCAGCGCGCUGUGGUGCGGCCGCUGCGCUCCUUCAUUUGGUCUGCCAUACUAGCUGUAUGGCUCGCAGCGCACCCCGACGAGGAAGUGCAGCCAGAACUUGCGGAACAAGUUGCUCAAGUUUCGUUGGAUGGUGCUAAGGAAGAGGAAGACGACGACGAAGAGGUGGAGGUGGAGACAGAAAAGGUAGAGGGAGAGGAGGAAGAGGAAGAGGAAGAGGAAGAGGAAGAGGAAGAGGAAGAGGAAGAGGAAAAAGAGCAGAUUUCUAAAGACGAUGCUGCACUAGCCGCGCUUCCCAAAAUCACCGAAUACACCCGCACUGAAUACUCUUUGCGUAAAGAGGAUGUGCCUGUACUCCCUCUCCCUGAACUUAUUGAGACGAUUUCAAGUCGCACGCACCUUCCCAUCCCUGCAGAGCUCGGUCCGCUAGUUGAGUCGUACGCCAGCGCAAAAGACAGCGGCAGCGAGCCGCAGCCCGUGCAUGUGCCGGAGCUACCUGAAAAUGUACGCAUGCAACUGUGGCUUUAUGCGCACUACGCAGCCAUCCCCCAAAUGGACCAGCUGCCGAGAGAUAUGUGGCCCCUUGCCGCCACGUUGCGCUAUGCAAUUGUAGCCAACCGUGAGCGGCUUGGCUCAAUGCGCACCAAGCACAACUGGACAUUGCAGGAAGUAGAGGCUGCUGUAUACACCGCCUGUGUCACACGCAAGCUGUACAAAGACGCCACGCCCGAAGAGCACCAAGCAGUCGUCGAUGCAUACGCGAGAGGCUCGCCGCCGAACCGUAGCAUCAGCUUGAGCACCAUGCUUGGAUUUACGCUCGAGACCAGUGUGAUGCUCACACAGGCUAUGCUUUUGUGCGACAAGCUUCCCAACGCAUGUACUCUUUUUGAAGCGCCCAUCUUCCACGCCCGCCUCAGCGAGCAGCUCGAUGAGUGCAGCCAAGAGACGGCGUGGAGGCAAUUCGAAGACAAGGAGCUCCACGACCGCGUGCUUGCCGUUGUCCUUGAAGGAAUCGAAGACCGCAUCGGACGUACGCGCGCCCGUCAGGCCACGACACAGCGCGCCGCGCCCUCCCGCCAGCGCAGACAUCUUGGCCUGCUCUCCGAAACAAUGCUGUAG